UUUUCAGCUUGUCGACACUCGAAAUCAGUCUCUCCUGCUCAGCCGCGUCUCCUCUGUCUCCACCGCUCGGAAAUCUCCCGCGGAUUGCUAAUUACAGCAUCUUCGGUUAGAUGGAAGACAGUGAUGCUGUCCCAAAACCAGUUGUUGUUGACCCUCCUUUACACAACGAAGCUCCUCCGUCGGCUUCUCAGCGCCGACCGGUGAUUUUCGCAGCCGACGCCGUCGCAGCUCCACGGGCGGAAAAUCAUCUCAUUCAGCGAAUUCAAAGAGCUCUUGUGGAGUUGCGCGAGUUGAGAAACCAGUUUAAUGCGAUUCUUAGGGAACUAGAGCUCGAAGUGGGAGGAGAAGAAGAACAAGCGGAAUCAUCAGUAGAGGAUCCAGAGGACGACUCUGAUUCUUAGUGUUAUUGGAUGUUUUUUGUUUCUUGUCGAUCUAUCAAAUGUUUCAAUCUCUGCCCUGAUGAUUUUAGUGUGUGAAUUAGUUUUCCAACUCAUCAAACUACUAACCUUGUUCCUUUUGUUAUUUUGAUUGAAAC